GAUUCACAUACCCAUCAUAUCCCAGGGGAGCAAUGAUAAUAGUAUAUCUGCAAUCUAUUUUGUCUACGGUGGUGCUGGUGCAUGCCUCCUUUUGAUUGAGUUCUUGCAGACAACUCACAUCUGCAGGUUCCUUUGUGUCCAAACCAAGGAAAGGCACAGGUUCCUCUCCGUCCCCUGCCAUUUCUGCUGCUUCAUUCUCCCCUAGCUAGCUUUUCUCUCCUGUGUCUCUCUCUUCAAGCUGGCUGUAUGCUCCUCGCGAGCCAUGGAGCCCAGGAAGUCGAGUUAUCUUGUCGCCGUCGUCUUGGCUUCGCUCUUGCUGUCCGCCAUGGCAGGAGGGCAUAGGAAGAAGCUGCUGAGCAAACAUGGUGCAGGAUCGACGGAGACGACGGAAGAAUCCAUGCAGCCGCUGCAGGAAGACGACGAAGCGGCUGUGGUGGUCCACGAGAGGAUUCUGAAGCAGGUGCGGAUGGACGACUACGGGCGCUCCGACCCUACUCCGACCAUGUCCAAGCCUCACUUCAAGGACAUACCUAACUAGGCACACAGGCCAACCCAUGCAUUCAGGUCCUCGAAUAUAUAUAAGUUGCUGCUUGCUAGCCGCUCCCCCUUAGACAUAUAUAUGUGCCACAUAUUUGUCGAAUAAGUUCCAUGUAUCAUCACCAUGUCCAGCUUGAUUAUAUAUGUGUACAUUACCUGUUGAUACAUGUGCAUGUAUCUCUGAAAUUCAAAACCUAUCAAUCAUUACUUAAGGGAGCUGGUAGUAUAUAUAUUUGUCGUCGCCGUCAGAAGAAGAAUUUGUAUUUAA